AUGACUUCACAAACACCAAAGACAUUAACAGAAAUAAAUAACAAGCACUUUAACAAUCGUGCCACGACUUAUGAUGGCGGAAUAAAUGUAAUUAUAGCAGAAAAAUGUGCUAAAGCGAUAUUAGAAGAAUUUGGCCAUAAUUCAUCUUCUGAUAGCGAUGUCAAUGCUAAUGAACAAGCAGCAGAAGCAUCAGGACAAGAAAAUAAUAAUAGAAUUGGCCUUCUUGAUGAAGGCAAAACUCAAGUUCUCGAUUUUGCGUGUGGCACCGGGUUGAUUUCGCAAUCCCUUUUGCCAUAUGUACACUCGAUUCUUGGAGUUGAUACAUCACAAGGAAUGGUUGAUGUUUAUAAUCAAAAAUGUUGGCAGCAAGGAUUGACUAAGGAUGAAAUGCAAGCAAUUUGUGUUGAUUUGUUGGGAGAAGAAGGUGGUGAUCCCUUGGAUGGACAAAAAUUUGAUUUGAUUGUGUGCGCUUCUGCAUAUCACCAUCUGGGAGACAUAAAAUCCGCAACCAAGAUACUCGCCACAUAUCUAAAGCCUGGAAUCGGUCACUUGAUUGUCGUUGAUCUACAAUUGAACCCUGAAUUUUUUCAAAAAUUCUAUAACCCUGAACACUCUCACCAUAAUCCUGAACACUCUCACCAUAAUCCUGAACAUUCUCACCAUAAUCCUGAACACUCUCAUCAUAACCCUGAAUACUCUCACAAACACCAUAUUCCUGUAUCACAGACUAUAAAUAAUCCUGGGUUUAGUCAUGAUCAAAUGCGUGAAGCAUUUGAAGGUAGCGGACUGUUGGAGAAUGUCAUUGUGAGAACUGCAUUCUCACUUAAGAGUGAAGGUGUCGAACUUAAGUAUCUGUUGACUAAAGGAAGAAGAUCGAACUUGGUGGAAGAGGCGUCGGAUUAUGUAGAUAGAAAGUAUACGUAA